UAUCACAUAACCAGUAUACCAUAAAUCCCCAACAUAUAGCAAGAAGCUAAGAAGAGGGGAAACACCGAAACAGAAAACCCGGAAGAGAAGGCAUGACAGGAGAUGACAACGAAUCGAAUCAAGUUACAAUAGCUUCAUCAAGCAUCAACUCUGUAUCUGCUGCAAGCAGUAGCAGCACCAGAGCAGAUCUCGAUGUGAAUGACACCAACCAAUCUCACCACCCAACAACAACAACAACAAUCGAACAAGAAGCAAAGCAAUAUAAUCAGAGAAGAGCUGAGCCUGAUUACAGCAAGGCGAAGACUUCCGUGUGGUGGGAUAUCGAGAAUUGUGCGGUACCCAAAGGGUGCAACCCUCAAUUUAUUGCUCAAAACAUAACAUCUGCUCUUCUUAAUUUGGAUUACGGCGGGCCCGUGACGAUUUCCGCUUACGGCGAUACCAAUUAUCUCCCUUCUUCUGUUCAGCAUGCCCUUUCCUCCACUGGCAUCUCCCUCCACCAUGUCCCUGCUGGUGUUAAAGAUGCAAGUGAUAAGAGGAUUCUAGUUGAUAUGUUGUUCUGGGCUGUUGACAACCCUGCCCCCGCCAAUUAUCUCCUAAUUUCUGGAGAUCGUGAUUUUUCAAAUGCACUCCACCAAUUGCGUAUGAGAAGAUACAAUAUCCUUCUUGCCCAGCCCUCCGAAGCCUCUUCAGUGCUUGUUGCUGCUGCCAAAAGUGUGUGGCUGUGGACUAGUCUGGUUGACGGUUCACCUACUCUUACUGGAAAUGAUUCCAAACCACCUGUCAAUGAUAAUAACAAUAAUGAUAUAGUCAUUGAUCAGGAGGCAUACCUGAAAGCUAAAGUAUCUGCAGAUCUACAGAGGGAGAUCAGAUUGAGGAAUAGGAGGAAGAGAAAAGAAGGGGAACGUCAUACCCAACAUGGUAAGUUUUCUAACAAGAAGCCUAGGGGAGAUCUUCAGACAGGGAAGAGCCAACGUAAUGCGGGGGGAAUCCCGAAUAACCAGAAGCAGAACCAGCAAACCCAGGGAGGCAAAGUUAAGAGACCCUAUAAGUGUCGGAAAUGUACUUCAAAUCAUCCUGGGAGAGACUGCCAAGGUAAAAAAGUGCAUUGUUUCAACUGCGGGAUAUUAGGACAUCGUGCCUAUGAAUGCUAUAGCAAAUCGAUGAACAAACAGAACCAGGAGUUCCCAGCAAACAAGAGCAACUUCAGCAAUAUCAACUUGUGUGCUAACAAUGGUGAAGAUGGAGGUCAAACUUAUUACAAGAAUCAAGUACCAGUUGGAGAAGGAGACAACCAUGCAAAAUCACCAGUGACAAUGGCUAUGAACGAUGCAAAUCAAGCAAGCAAUGGUGAUAAUGGAGUAGGUGAUCCUACCUUGCUGAUCAAAUCUAUGAACAAACAAGACCAGGAUUUUCCAGCAAACAAGAGCUACUUCAGCAAUGGUCAAGCUAGCAAUUUCAACUUGUAUGCUAACAAUGGCCAAGCUGGCGGUCAAACUAUUAACAUGAAUCAAGCACCAGUUGGACAAGGAGACAACCAAGAAAAAACACCAGUUACGAGAGCUAUGAAUAAUGCAAGUCAAGCAAGCAACAGAGAUAAGGGAGUAGGUGAUCCUACCAUGUUGAUGAACCAAGCUCAGACCACUAUAGAGGAAACAUCUUUUAGCAAUAGAUUUCUGGGAAGGAUGCAGGUACUGUUUAAAAAAUUUCAACGAGGAACUACAACCACUUCGAGAAUUGCGAUGGGAUAAAAAAUUGUGGUAGUAUUUAGAAAGGCUCAUGUUCAGUUUAUUGGACUUCAUGUAUUCUGGAAGAGAGAUUUAUUAGACUUCUUGUACAUUGUAUCAAUUUAUCGGACGUCGGCUCAAACUGGUGGUCUGAAUAAAAUCUUUGGCCCUCCAAAUGAAAAUAAUAUUGAGCUUUAGCUUUUCCUCAUCCUAGAACGUUCACUGAUGAGUGAUUUCAAUUCCAUGAAGAUACCUAUCUUCAAGUGUUCUGCUCCUAGUGAUGUUGUUUCAGCCAUGUCUAUAGUGGCGCUAACUCAUAUACACUGUCAUUCUCGUGCUUUUCGUACACCGGCAUUCCCUCUUAAUGGCGGUUCGUUUUCUCUCACUAGUUCUUGCAAGUUCUAAAAUUUCCUUGUCUUAACUCAUUGUUUCAUUGUAAUUAUUUUUAUAUAGUAUUUGAACUA